CGGGCGCACAUGAACAUCAAGGCCCCAACAAAAUUGGCCGUGGGCAGAGUGAGGUUCUAUGGUCAACACCACGGGGAGGUCAACUGCUCUGCCUUCUCCCCUGACGGCCGGACCCUGCUCACAGCCUCAGAUGACGGUUGUGUGUACGUAUGGGGGACGAAGAGCGGGCGACUGCUGUGGAGACUGGCAGGCCACAGAGGCCCAGUGAAGUCUGGCAGUUUCUCUCCCGAUGGCCGCCUCAUUGCCAGCUCUUCCUGUGACCGCACCAUCCGCCUGUGGGAUGUGGCGCGAUCCAAGUGUCUCCAUGUGCUGAGAGGUCACCAGAGGAGUGUGGAAACGGUCAGCUUCAGCCCUGACUCAAAGCAGCUGGCGUCGGGUGGCUGGGACAAGAGAGUGCUUCUCUGGGACGUGCAGUCCGGCCGCAAUGUGCGCCUCUUGGCUGGGCACUGUGAUUCCGUCCAGAGCAGUGACUUCUCUCCAACCUCCGAUUCUCUGGCCACUGGUUCCUGGGAUUCAACUGUGCACAUCUGGGACUUGCGGGCGUCAGCCCCAGUUGUGUCCUACCGUAAUUUGGAGGGCCACACGGGCAACAUCAGCAGCUUGUGCUACUCAGCAUCUGGCCUCUUGGCAUCUGGCUCCUGGGACAAGACCAUCCGCAUCUGGAAGCCUCCAGCCAACAGCCCGCUCCUCCAGCUCAGGGGCCACGCCACCUGGGUGAACAGCCUAGCCUUUUCUCCCGACGAGCAGAAGCUGGCCAGUGCUGGUUACUCUCGUACAGUCAAAGUCUGGGACUGCCUCACAGGGAAAUGCCUCGAGACCCUAAAGGGCAUGCUGGACGUGGCCCAUGCCUGCAUUUUCACCCCAGAUGGCAAACUCUUAGUGUCGGGGGCUGCAGAUGUGACAACAUGACAAGCCUGCUCAAAGCCCAGAACCUCUUCCAGGUCGCUUCCCCACAGGCCUAAGGUAACCAACCAAGA